AUGACUACAAAUCCUCUAGAAACCAACGCGCUCAUUAAUCGUCAUCGCGGCCGUAUACCCAACACACCACUCGGCUCAUCUACUGUGGCCUUCCUUCUUGGCGGUGUUUUCGCCUCUGGACUCUACACAUUCGUUUCUGAUAUCUACCAACCGUCUCAUUGGCUCACCUACCAACUUGGGUUUUUUAUUGCUGCGUGGGCUUUCUUUCACUGGGCAGAAUUUGCUGUGACUGCAGGAUGGAACCUGGAAAAGUGCAGCGUGGAUUCAUACCUCUUGGAAAAUGGUCCAAUGUAUCAUAUUGCUAAUGGAGCUGCGCUGCUCGAAUACCUCAUCUCGCUGUACUUCUUCCCAUCGUUCAAAUCAUGGCCUUAUGUGUCGCAAAUUGGUAUCUUAAUGGUCAUCGUCGGCCAAACAUUGCGUUCUUCGGCAAUGAUACAUGCCUCGACAAGCUUUUCGCACACCGUGGCAUUCCACAAGCGUGAUAGCCACAAGCUGGUAACGGAUGGGAUCUAUAGUUGGUUCCGCCACCCCUCGUAUGCUGGAUUUUAUUAUUGGGCACUGGGAACCCAGCUAGUACUUCAAAACCCUGUCACAUUCAUUUUGUUUACAAUGCUGCUUUGGCAUUUCUUCUACCAUCGCACUAGAGAGGAAGAGCGCCUCCUGGUCAAGUUCUUCGGUGAUGAGUAUAUCAACUACAGGCGUCGGGUUGGAACCAUGAUUCCAUUCGUGCCCUAA